AUGGAUCCCAAAGUCGGAGUCGGCGUCUUUGUUUUCAAUGCUGCAGGCAAGUUCGUUAUCGGCAAGCGAAAGGGAAGUCUUGGCGCCGGAACAUGGGGAUUACCCGGCGGACACCUCGAGUUCGGUGAAUCCUUCGAGACCUGUGCGGCCCGUGAGACCCUCGAAGAAACAGGCCUGAAGAUCCAGGAUGUGCGUUUCUUAAAUGCCACGAAUUCAAUCAUGAAAGCCGAGAAUAAACACUACAUUACCAUUUUCAUGGGAGGUGUCUGUGAUAAGGGUGCUGAUCCUCAGGUAAGUUGA